AUGGGACAAGAUGGCACCUACAUUUUUCCAGACAAGAUAGGCCCGACUAUGGCUGUCCUUAGACAAGACAUUCAUCAAAACAUCCAGAGAUUGGAGAUUCUUUUGGAAUCGGAUCCUACAAAGUAUUCGAAUUUGAUUGAGAUGUUGAAAAAGGAAGAGAGUGAAGGGAAAGCAAGAAAGGGUAGCAGUUGCAGUAAAGCCUUCCUCUGGCUUACCAGAUCCAUGGAUUUUAUGGUAGCUUUAUUACAAAGAUUGGUGAAGGAACCUGAGCAGAACAUGGAACAAGUAGUUCAAGAAUCCUAUAAUGUUACUUUGAAGCCUAGGCAUGGAUGGAUCUCGUCGGCUGCUUUUAUGAAUUCAAGUUCACAUGUAGCUCUAAAACUGGUGCCGUAUAACAAGACAUUCACUAGUCUCCUCUUGAAAAAAGAUCAAAAUUACGACAACCUUAAAGAGGAUAUGCAGACAUUGAUCUCAUUACUCGUGCCUUUACUAGAACAUAUCCACUCUAUUCUGAGGUUUUAUCGAUUGGAUAGGUUAAAGUCUAGGUGAGGAAAACCUUUUCCCCUUAAGAGAGGCAAGAACAGGCAUACGAAGUUCGGUUCCUCUUUUGCUGGACAUAUACAUCAGUACAUAGCCUGAUAGCCUUGUAAAUUGUACGCCAAAUCUGCUU